UGUCGUAGCGCCACCCAGCGGCCGCGACCGGCUGUAUUACGGAAAUAAACAACAGAAACAAAUGGCUGGCUAACAUGAGUUGAUCAUGCUGUUUUUAUAUUUUUUCCUAACUGUACUGUGCAUUAUUCCUCAUGGAGCCUCACAGAAAGGUAGUGUCAGUUGUGGUCUGGCAUCCACGUGGCUUGAAUCUGUGGUUUUGUCAAUAAAUAUUGUCAAAGAAGGAUUCCACAGAGAGCUCGUGUUUGAGAUUCGUCAUGAUCACGCACCGUGUGAUGUACAAGUUCUGCUGGUUCAGGGAUUGCCCAGUGGUGUUUAUAUUGAUCAGUAUCAGCUUGCAUCUUUGAGAGAGGACACAGGAUUACAGGUGCUUCUUGAUUCAGCUGUUGAUGUUGAGGACCCAGCCUAUGCUUCCUCUGGCUUCUCUGCAAUGGUGUAUCUCAGUUCACCUGGGCUACUACAAGCAGUAGUUCCUUUCCAUGGCCGGUACCACAGACCCUCCACCUCAGGUGGAUGGGAACAGGUGCCCAUCAGCUCACCAAGGCUGCUUCUUCGGCCAGAACAUUGUAAAACAGUAACCCCCACCCCACCUCAUAAGGUGGUGGAGGCCCCUUGUACAGUCCAUAAUGAGAGUUUGUGCUCAUGGCUAGAGAUUGAAGGACUACAGGUACUAGGCUUCGUGAGCCUGGAGUUUCCAGUGGGGGAUUUCACUUUGGCUGCCCCAGUGUGUGCAGGAACAGCACUCGUUACCAUGCUGUGUUGUGCUUUUCUCCUCAGAACCAUCUGGAAGCAUGGCACCUUUUGAAGCUCUAAGAGAAAGUGGUGUGAAAAUCAAACUGUGGAAUUUAGGUUUUUGCUUCAAAGUGUUGGAUACCAUUAUCAGAGAUGUAAAUAUUUGAAGGUCUCUACCUCUAUUUAAGGCUUUUCAAUCACUUGUUUUUUUUUUUGGGGGGGGGGGGGGGAUAUUUAAUUUAGAUAUUUUUAGAUUAGAUAGGAAAUCAAACAGAAUGUAAUACAUUCCUGCACAGUGUAUAUAUUUUCUGUAAUUGUUUUAGUGUCUGAUUUAUUUGUCUGAAGGCUGUACCUAUUUUUCAGUUGUUAUUUAUAUAAGUACAUUAUGGUUUUGCUUGACUUAAUGAUUGUGUGGCAAAUGGAAAUGUUGUAUAAUUGGUUUUAGUUGUCAAUUAAAGUUGCUAUAAUUCGUAUAUACAUAA